CGAUCCCAUUUCCCGCGCGAUGGCGCCGCGGAACUCAACUCGUUGCAAGUUCCGUCCACUACGCGUGUAUUAGAGGUGCAGCGUCACCACAUUUCAAAGUUGAUGCCAGUGUCUUGUGUGCAAGCUCCGUUGCACAAAACAUUUCAAUUUGUUCAUGGCUGUUGUCUCAAUUUUGCAUCAAAGGCAAACGUAACAUGCUUAACCUCAUGAUGUACUAAAUAUUCUGCUUAGAGCUGUCAGCGUUUAGCGCUUUGCGACAAGCCGGAGAGGAAUGUCUGGGCGCGGGAGAGGCCGAGGCCUUACCUCGCUCCGCGCUUUCGAUGCGUCGGAGCCUGGAGGAGGUCGUGGAGGCCGUGGUGGCCAGGGGCGAGGCCGAGGCUACAAGAAACCGCUCAAUGCCAACCUGAACUAUAUGCCCCGCGACGGAGGCAACGGGAACGAGGAGGACAACAGCGCCAAGCUGGCCCAGGUCCGCGCCGAGGACGCGCUGGACGAGGGGCUGGGCUGGAAGCUGUUCACCACCGGCGAGGAUCGCCUGGGCUGGCUCAUGAACAUACAGUCGUCCCACAUGGCCGACAAGGACACGGGCCAGGUGGUGGCCUCGGUGGACUGCUACUUCAUGUGCCAGGACGGGUCCAUGUUCAAGGCGCGGCUGGCGUUCGCGCCCUACUUCUACGUGCGGGUGCAGGAGGGCCGCGAGGUGGAGGCUGAGAACUACCUGCGGCGCAAGUGCGAGGGCGCCGUUCGGGAGGUGGCGGUGGUGGAGCGGGAGGACCUGGACCUGAAAAACCACCUGUCGGGCAUCCGGCGGCGGCUGCUGCGCGUGAGCACCUACACUGUGCAGCAGCUGAUGGAGGUGCGCAAGGAGGUGGCGCCGCUGGUGGCGGCCAACACACGGCGCGCGGCCACCACCUCCGCAUACAGCAUGGCGGGCGGCGGCGCGGGAGCCGGCGGCGGCGGCGGCGGCGGCGGCGGCGGCGCGUCCACGGGCGGGCUGGGCGGCGGCGGCGCGGGGCUGGGCGCGGCGGAGGCGGGGCUGCAACAGCUGCUGCAGGGGCAGGAGGCGGCAGGCGGCGGAGGCCGGAACGGCGGCGGCAGGGGCCAGGACAUUCGCGAGGCCUUUCUGGAGAUGCGCGAGUACGACGUGCCCUACCACAUCCGCUUCGCCAUAGACACAGACGUGCGCGUGGGGCACUGGUACACGGUCCGCUGCCACGAGGGUGUGACCAGCCUGGACCGGCGUCACGACCUGCUACAGCGCGCCGAGCCGCGCAUCUGCGCCUUCGACAUCGAGACCACCAAGCUGCCGCUGCAGUUCCCAAACGCCGAGUACGACCAGGUGUUCAUGAUCUCCUACAUGCUGGACCGGCAGGGCUACCUGAUUGUCAACCGCGAGGUGGUGGGCGCGGACAUCGCCGACUUCGAGUACACGCCCAAGCCCGAGUUCGAGGGGCCCUUCAAGGUGACCAACGCCGCCAACGAGCGCGAGCUGCUGCAGGCGUUCUUCUCCCACAUGCGCUCCGCCCAGCCCGCCAUCUACGUCACCUACAACGGCGACUUCUUCGACUUCCCCUUCAUUGAGGCGCGCUGCGCGGUGCUGGGGCUGGACAUGCACGAGUCCAUCGGGUUCAGGUGCCGCGGCGGUCAGGGCAGCGGCCCCGGCGCCGCCAAGGAGUGUCUGUCUCGCUCGGCCGUGCACAUGGACUGCAUGCACUGGGUAGACCGCGACUCGUACCUGCCACAGGGCAGCAGGGGCCUCAAGUCUGUGACCAAGUACAAGCUGGGCUACGACCCUGUGGAGGUGCACCCGGAGGACAUGGUGCGACUGGCGCGGGAGACGCCGCAGGCCAUGGCCAGCUACUCUGUGUCCGACGCCGUGUCCACCUACUACCUGUACAUGACCUACGUGCACCCCUUCAUCUUCUCCCUCGCCACCAUCAUCCCCAUGCCGCCAGACGAGGUGCUGCGCAAGGGCAGCGGCACGCUGUGCGAGCAGCUGCUCAUGGUGGAGGCCUACCGCGCCAACAUCGCCUGCCCCAACAAGCACGUGGGCGAGCGCGAGGCCAUGUACCGCGGCCACCUGCUGCAGGCCGAGACUUACAUCGGCGGCAAGGUGGAGGCGCUGGAGAGCGGCGUGUUCCGGGCAGACCUGCCGCUCAAGUUCAAGUGCAAGCCGGCCGCCUACCAGAUGCUGCUGGACAACCUGGACCGCGACCUGGGCUACGCGCUGGUGCAUGAGGCCAAGUGGGGCGCGGGGCAGGAGGACGCCGCCAACUACGCCGCAGUGCGGGAGGCCAUCGCGGCCAAGCUGACGGCGCUGAGGGACGCGCCCAACCGCGAGGAGGCGCCGCUGAUCUACCACCUGGACGUUGCUGCCAUGUACCCCAACAUCAUCCUCACCAACCGCCUGCAGCCCAGCGCCAUCGUCACGGAGGAGGACUGCGCCGCCUGCGACUUCAACGCGCCCGGCAAGCGCUGCCUCAGGCAGAUGGAGUGGGUGUGGCGUGGCGAGCACUACUCGGCCAGCCGCAGUGAGUACCUGCAAAUCAAGGCGCAGCUGGCGGCGGAGACAUUCCCGCCCGCGCCGCCCAGGUUCCCCAACAGCGGCUUCGGGGGAGGCGGCGGCGGAGGCGGCGGAGGCGGCUAUGGAGGCGGCGGAGGCUAUGGAGGCGGCGGCGGCGGGGGUGCCGACGGCGACAUGGGCGGGCCGCGCACGUGGGCGGAACUGGGCCAGGAGGAGCAGCAGAAGUUUCUGCAGGAGCGCCUCAAGAAGUACUGCCAAAAGGUGUACAAGCGCGUGCUGGACAAGCCGGUCACGGAGCUGCGGGUGGCCGGCAUCUGCCAGCGCGAGAACUCCUUCUACAUCGACACGCGCGCCAACAAGCUGGUGUUGGACCUGGGCCGCACCCUGGAGCUGGACACGGACGGCAUCUGGUGCGCCCUGCCCGGCAGCUUCCCCGAGAACUUCAAGUUCAAAAACAAGAACGGCAAGGAGUUCAAGCUGUCCUACCCCUGCUGUGUGCUCAACGUCAUGGUGGCCCAGCACAACACCAACGACCAGUACCAGACGCUGGUGCAGCCGCCGCCGGGGCAGCCGCCGCCGGCCGGGCCGCCGCGCUACACGGUCAGCAGCGAGAUGUCCAUCGAGUUCGAGGUGGACGGACCCUACAAGGCCAUGAUCCUGCCCGCCAGCAAGGAGGAGGGCAAGUCCAUCAAGAAGCGCUACGCCGUGUUCAACUUCGACGGCAGCCUGGCGGAGCUCAAGGGCUUCGAGGUGAAGCGCCGCGGCGAGCUCAAGCUCAUCAAGGUGUUCCAGGCGGAGGUGUUUGAGCAGUUCCUGUCGGGCAGCUCUCUGGAGGAGUGCUACGCCGCCGUGGGCGCUGUGGCCAACCGCUGGCUGGACCUGCUGGACACGCGCGGCGCCGACCUCACGGACGAGGAGCUGCUGGGCUACAUCAGCGAGGCCACCACCAUGAGCAAGGCGCUGGCAGAGUACGAGGGCCGCAAGUCGUGCGCCAUCUCCACCGCUAACCGGCUGGCCGCCUUCCUGGGCGAUGAGCGCAUCAAGGACAAGGGCCUCAACUGCACCUACGUCAUCGCGCGCCAGCCCGCCAGCCAGCCCACCAGCGAGCGCGCCAUCCCCGUGUCCAUCUUCCAGGCCGAGCCGGCGGUGGCGCGCGCCUGGCUGCGCAAGUGGUGCGGCGGCGACGUAGGCUCCACGGACGGUGUGCCCGACGUGCGCGACAUUGUGGACUGGGACUACUACCGCGAGCGGCUGGGCAGCGCCGUGCAGAAGAUCAUCACCAUCCCCGCGGCGCUGCAGGGCCUGGCCAACCCCGUGCCGCGGGUCAAGCACCCCGACUGGUUGCACAAGCGGAUCCGCGAACGCACCGACAAGUGCCAGCAGCUCAAGAUGCACGACCUGUUGGCGCGCAUGCGCAACAAGGCGGCGGUGGAGGCGGCGGAGGCGGAGGCGGACGGCGCCAAGGCCGGAGGCGGCGGCAGCCAAAAUGCGGGCGCGGGGGCGGAUGUGGAUGACCUGGAGGACCUGUUCGGGGGCAGCGGCGGCAGCGGCGGCCGCAAGAAGACGGCGGCGGCAAAGACCCUGGGCAAGGCGGCGCGGGAGGCGCGCGCUGCGGCGGCGGACGUGGCGGAGGGCGGGGCCGGCGGUGGUGAUGCGGACAUGGGUGGCGAGGGGCAGGACGACAAGGAGAACGCCCCCGCGGCGGCCAACCAGGCCAACAACAACAACCAGCAGCCGCAGCCGCCGAUGUGGUGCCUGGCGCUGGGCAAGCUGCACUCGGUGACGCUGGUGGUGCCGCGCUCCUUCCUGGUGGACUCGCGCCUGCAAGCGCCCGAGCUGCUGGCGGCGGCGCUCAGCGCCGGGGUGGCGGCGGGCGGCGGCGGCGCACACGGGCUGGGGCUGGAGGUGGCGGCGGUGGGCGGCGCGGUGGCGCUGCCGGGCGGCCGGCGGCCGCAGCACCUGUACCGGGUGACGCUGCCCGAGGCGGCCUACCGCUCCGAGGCGCCCCGCCUGGCCGCGGCGCUGUCGGCGGAGCACGUGGCGGGCGUGUACGAGGACCGCCUGCCCGCCGCGCUGCCCGCCGUGCUGGCGCUGGGCUGCGUGGUGUCGGUGGCGCAGGACAGCCGGGCGCGGCCGCUGGCGGCGCCGUGGCGGCUGCAGGACUUCAGGAUGCGCACCACGGGCGAGGUGGGCUACCUGGACUCGGAGCCCGAGCCAGAGCCGGCGGCGGCAGCAGGAGCGGCCGCGGCGCCGCAGGAGGCGCCCGGUCUGCGGCUGGGGCUCAGGCACGUGGUGCUGUACAGCUCCCUGGACGGCUCCGGCCGCGGCCUGUUCGCGCUCACCGCCCCCGCCCAGCAGCGCGGCCACAUCAUCCUGCUGCAGCCCUCGGCCGCCGCCGCGCGCGAGGUGGCGCCGGCGCUGCUGGAGCGGCUGUGGCGCGAGGCGCGCGCCGCCGCCGCCGCCGAGGGCGGCCCGGCGGAGCCGGAGCGGCUCACGUGGGAGGUGUCGUACGAGCGGGACGCGCUGGAUGCGGGCCGCACGCUGCAGCGGGCGCUGAUGUCGUACCGCAGCGCCGUGCGGGCGCCCAGCGUGGUGGUGGUGCAGGGGCCGGUGCCGGCGGCGCGGCUGCGGCGGGACAUGUCGGUGCUGCACGACAUGCCCUGCCUGGACAUGCCCUGCCACGCCGACGACAGCAGGUACCCGCCCCUGCAGUGGCAGGCGCGCGCCGCCCGCCGCGCGCUGCACCGCUGCGCCGGCGCCGGGCUGUGGCUGGCCGAGCGCGCCGCGCUGUGCCGCUACGCGCACGCGCCCCUCGCCAACCUCGACCCCUCGGGCGGCGGCUGCGGCGCGGGCGCCGGCGGCGCGGGCGGUGCAGGCGGCGCGGGCGGUGGCGAGGCUCUGGGCGGCGGCAUCGGCAGUGUGGCGGACAUGCUGAUGUGCCGGCGGCUGCGGGAUGCGGGCCUGACGCUGCCGGUGGUGGACCCGGCGCUGCCUGACCUGGGAGGUCUGGAGACAGAGAACGGGCCGGCGGAGCCCGCACAGUCUGCUGGCAUUGACGCCCCCGUUACUCCCUCGAUCGCGGACACGCUGCUCCAGAACCUGUACCGCUGGCUGUCCUCUCCCGCCUCGCCGCUGCACGACCCCGGCCUGCACCGCGCCGUGCUGGUGCUGCAGCACAAGCUGUUCCUGCAGCUGUGCGCCGAGCUGAGGCGCCUGGGGGCGGUCAUCGUGGCCGCCAACACCAACGCCAUCACCAUCUGCACCGGCAAGCGCCACGUGCGCGCGGCGGCGGGCUACACCCGCUUCCUGCUAGACGCGCUCAAGGGCCGCGAGCUGUUCCGCUGGCUGGACCUGCACCCCGCCGCCUGGUACCACGCCUACAUGUACCGCGACGGAUACAACUGGGCGGGGCUGGAGAGCGCGGCGGCGCCCGCGGAGUGGCGGCGCCUGGCGGAGGCCGGCGCGGGGGCGGGCACGGCCGCGGCGGCGGAGGAGGAGGCGGGGCAGGAGGGCGAUGCGGCGGCGGCGGCGGAUGACGAGCCCGUGGUCAAGUUCGUGUGGAACCUUAAGGAACACCUGCCGCCGGCGGUGCAGCAGGACCUCGUGCUGCUGCUCACAGAGUUCCUGUACCUGCCCUGGAGGGAGGCGCGCAAGGCGCUGCAGCAGCAGCAGCAGCAGCAGCAGGCGGGGGCAGCGGCAGCGGGGGCAGACGCGGGAGGCGGCAGCCAGGCGGUGCCGGCCAGCCAGGGCGGCAGCACGCAGGCGGCGGUGGCCAGCACGCGCGCGGAGGAGGUGCAGUCCACCUUCCUGGGCUCCCUGGUUGCGGACGUGUUCACUCAGCGGCUGCUGGCCCGCGUGUCGGUCUGGCGCGCCGUCACGCCGGGCAGUGCGCCCGAGUGGACCUUCCCGCAGCUGGCGGGCAGCUACCUGCGGCCGGACGAGCUGGGCCACCCCGCGCUGGCGUUCGUGCGUGUGGCCACCCACCUGCUGGCGCUGGACGGGCGUGUGGGCGAGGCGGUGCUGCUGCUGCGGCGGCAGCUGCUCAAGGCGCUGCACGUGAACGAGUUCAGCACCGAGGCCGAGUUCAAGGAGCUGUGCCAGCCCUUUGUCAUGCCCGACGUCAUCUGCAGCUACUGCAACGACUGCCGCGACCUGGACCUGUGCCGCGACGAGGCGCUGGCGCAGCACGACUGGCGCUGCCGGGCCUGCCGCCAGCAGCUGGACACGGCGGGGCUGGAGCGGCGGCUGGUGGGGCUGCUGCGGAGGGAGGAGGCGGCCUACCAGACACAGGACCUGGCGUGCGUCAAGUGCAAGCAGGUAACGUCCGGCCACCUGCGUAGUCUGUGCGGGCUGUGCGGCGGCGGCCUGGUGGUCACGCGCGGCCCCGAGGCGGCGGCGCGGCGGCUCACCGUGUUCCGCAACCUGGCCCGCUUCCACGGCUUUGGCAUGCUGCGCGAGCUGGCGGGCUGGCUGCUGGGCGAGGAGCCGGAGGAGGCGGAGCGGGAGCGCCAGGCGGACGCCGAGGAGGCGGCGGCGGCGGCGGAGGGCCGGUAGCGGGUGGCGCGUGGCAGGCAGGGGAGGGGAGGGGCGUGUGCAGGCGGUGGGGGUGUGGCAUGGUGCGGGUUGCAUGAGUCGGAGGUGAGUCGGAGUUCCCUGGCGUGUCGAGAAGGGCGGGAGUUGUUCUUACGUUGUGGCGGUCGGGUACAGACAAGAGGUGCACGUCUCUAGGUGAGGAUAUAGAUGCGGUGAUUGCGCAGGCGGGAGCAGGGGUGGUACCGGCGAGCGCAGGUGUAGGCGCUGGCCGCCAAUGUGUGCUACACCCGCCAAAUGCGGGGGGCCAGGGCACAUAUUCAUGUGGGUCGAGUUCAGUUGGGUGGUGCAGCAGAUGGAUACCCCACGAUAAUGUGUGGGCGUGACCGGGCGCGCGGGGAAAGGGAAGGAGCUCUGGGGUGUCACGUGCCAUUGGCACGGAGCUUUGGGGGAUUUGUGCGUUGUUGGCCUGUGUAACAAGUGGACAUGGAAUUGCGGUUCUGGUGCCUGGUAGAGCUCUGUGCUUGCACUGUGAGUGCAGGCGUGUGUGGGACAUGUAUGGU